UACUGGGACUUAAUCAUGCUCAUAAUGAUGGUUGGAAACCUUGUCAUUAUACCAGUCGGAAUCACAUUCUUCACGGAACAAACAACGACACCAUGGAUUAUUUUCAAUGUGGCAUCAGACACUGUUUUUCUAUUGGACUUGAUCAUGAAUUUUAGAACUGGGACUGUAAACGAGGACAGCUCUGAAAUAAUACUGGACCCUAAAAUCAUUAAGAUGAAUUACUUAAAAAGCUGGUUUGUGGUUGACUUCAUCUCAUCAAUACCAGUGGAUUAUAUCUUUCUCAUUGUAGAAAAAGGAAUGGAUUCAGAGGUUUACAAGACAGCAAGAGCCCUUCGUAUUGUGAGAUUUACAAAAAUCCUCAGCCUGUUACGUUUAUUGCGUCUUUCAAGAUUGAUUAGAUACAUACACCAGUGGGAAGAGAUUUUCCACAUGACAUACGAUCUGGCCAGUGCAGUGGUGAGAAUCUUUAAUCUGAUUGGAAUGAUGCUCCUGCUGUGCCACUGGGAUGGUUGUCUACAGUUUUUAGUACCAUUACUCCAGGAUUUCCCACCAGAUUGCUGGGUGUCCCUAAACGGUAUGGUUAACGAUUCCUGGGGAAAGCAGUACUCAUAUGCACUCUUCAAAGCCAUGAGCCAUAUGCUCUGCAUCGGGUACGGAGCCCGCGCCCCCGUCAGCAUGUCGGACCUGUGGAUAACGAUGCUGAGCAUGAUUGUGGGGGCUACCUGUUAUGCCAUGUUUGUUGGUCAUGCCACUGCCCUCAUUCAGUCUCUGGAUUCGUCGCGACGGCAGUAUCAAGAAAAGUACAAACAAGUGGAACAGUACAUGUCAUUCCACAAGUUACCAGCUGAAAUGCGCCAGAAGAUCCAUGAUUAUUAUGAGCAUCGCUACCAAGGCAAGAUCUUUGAUGAAGAAAAUAUUUUGAAUGAGCUCAAUGAUCCUCUCAGGGAGGAGAUUGUCAACUUCAACUGUCGGAAGCUGGUGGCUACAAUGCCUCUUUUUGCUAAUGCAGACCCAAAUUUUGUGACUGCCAUGCUAAGCAAACUGAGAUUUGAGGUGUUCCAACCUGGAGAUUAUAUUAUCCGAGAAGGGGCUGUGGGUAAGAAGAUGUAUUUCAUUCAACAUGGUGUUGCUGGUGUCAUCACCAAGUCCAACAAGGAGCUGAAGCUGACAGAUGGCUCUUACUUUGGAGAGAUCUGCCUUUUGACCAAGGGCCGUCGAACUGCCAGUGUACGAGCAGACACGUACUGUCGCCUGUACUCCCUCUCAGUGGACAACUUCAACGAGGUCCUGGAAGAAUACCCCAUGAUGAGAAGAGCCUUUGAAACGGUGGCAAUUGAUAGACUUGACAGGAUAGGUAAGAAGAACUCGAUCCUGCUGCAGAAGUUCCAGAAGGACCUCAACACCGGCGUUUUCAACAACCAAGAGAACGAGAUCUUGAAGCAGAUCGUGAAGCACGACAGGGAGAUGGUGCAGACCAUCGCCCCGGUGAGCCUGCAGCAGAUGCCAGCCCUCAACUCCAGCACCUCGGGCUCGUCGUCCCGCGGGCCUCACCCCACCGUGGGGGAGUCCCUCGCGUCCCUCCCGCAGCCCGCCCCGGGCCCCGGCGUGCCCCCGGCCGGCCGGGCCUCCGUGCCCCAGCGGGUCUCGCUGUUCCGGCAGAUGUCCUCGGGAGCCAUCCCCCCGAACCGCGGGGCCGCGCCGCCCGCGGCGCCGCUGCAAAGGGAUUCUUCCACAGUCUUAAGCACAGAGCCCGAGGGAGACAAACCGCGGUUCGCCUCAAACUUAUGAUCCCCGGUGACUGUGAGCAACAGACUGGCAACAAACCGAGCACCAUCCCCCGAACUGUUUUAGCCUGUUUCCUAACGUGCCCCAGCAGUCUACUAUGAGAAAAAUAAUUUAGACAGCUUUGCCCUAUGUAACGAAUGUAAAGGUUUUAUAUAUAUAUAUAUCUGAAUAUAUAUAUAUAUAUAAGCAAUUAAAAAGCUUGUUUGAGUUCAUGUCUUCCUUUUUGCAACCAUUACAGAAGAUUAAAUUUAGCGCUAAUGUUACUUAUUUUUGAUGUGUUGACAUUAUAAUCAGCCAAACAGAUUUCUCUGUUUAUGAGAUUGGCUGUUUUCAUGGGGAAAUUGUCAACACACCUACAAACUUCAAACAAGUAUAUUUAAAAAAAAAAAAAAAAAAAAAAAAAAAAAACCAACAUCAAUUUAACACAUAGCACUGACUGAGUGAUAUUCUGAAACCUUUGUUACUUCAUUGAUUGCAUAUAUGUUGUUAAUUUCUCAUGAAGAAUUCAGUUGUUAUUUCACAUUGCACUUCAUAUGUUAGCACCAUCCAUUGGAAUUUAGAUUGGGAAAGGAUUAUGUUGCAAACACCUGCAUUGCAAAGGGAGGUACUAGCCCUCCUCUGGAUGGGUUGUAACCUCAUGGCAUGUCAACCCUUCUGUUGUCUAAGAGAACUUGGGUGGACUUUGAUCUUCACACUGCUAAAGACUUUUCAAAGACUAAAUAUUGCCAUUGUAAAUAACUUUUUAGACCCGAGCAAAAAUAGCUACUGUGUGGUGUACCAUUGCAAGGUCUUUGUUUAGGAAUUUAGGUUCCGCUUUCACUUCAAAAUUUACAGUUUUAAAAUUUGUUAAAGCUAAGUGCAACACAACUGUUAAAUUGUAAUGCAAUGGCUUAAAACCUACAGUGUUACUUUUACAUGCAAUGUUUUAUGCAAAAUUGUACGCUUGAUCCUGCAAACCGCUUGUACUUCACCAAUACCAUCACUUUUCUUCUUCUUGCCCUCAAUAGCAUCUGAGAAUAUUCCAUGCAUGCUUUGGAAAAAAAAAAGACAAUAAAAAUAGGUUUGGUCAGUAGGAAAAGGCUUUAUGGUAUCUUAGAAAAUAAUAACCAUUCAUUAAUUGUGUCUACCUUAAAAUUCCUAUAAUGCUGACUUUGAAUCUCUGGUUUAAGUCUAGAAGUGAGGUUUUUCAUUUAAAGGAUUAUUUGUAAACCACAGCUUGAUUUAGACUUUCAGGUGCUUUCUGUGUCUUCACUGUAGUUUUGUAGUUGACUGUGGUGUUAAUUUACAAAAAUAAAUAUAAUAUAGCAUCAAGUCUGUCUGGAAAUGCACGAUUUGCUCUGUGUAUAUUGUAAUUAAAUGGUUAGUAUAUCCUAAGGCAUGUAGUGUCAAACAUAGCCCAUAGGUAUGAGGUUUAUUAUUUUUUAUGUCUUCAAAACAGAAAGGAAAUGGUGACAGAAAGCAGGGUUAAAGCAUACUGUUUUGUGAACAUUUUGUUUUGUUUGCUCAAACCUUCACAUUAUCUUAUCCACAAAAAAAUAGAAAAAAAAAUUCGUAAUUGUUUGUGCCUGAUUUGUCACAUUAAAUAGAGAUUGAAACUAAAUGUGUCAUAAUUUUAACUCACUGAAGAAUCAGCAUUAUGGAUAUGAUAUGAUACAAGCAUAUAUUCUGUUCCUUAAAACCCAGCUGACUCUGUUAAGGAAGUGGAUGCAAAGGAGUUCUUCUCUUCCCAUCAAAGCUGAGUUUAAUGAUGCAUGGAAAAAUUAAAUAACAUCACAAACUACGUAAUGCAGUGAAUCCAGAUGUACUUGAGAGCCAAGUAAAUACUUUAAAGCUAACAGAGCUUGAACCCAUGCUGCCUGUUAUACCUUUUACUAAAGUGGUACAUCAAAUAAAAUUUUUGAAAAUA